GCUGCUUAUCCAUUCGUUCUGUGGUGACUUGCCUAAUCAGGCUUGGGAGGUGUUGCUCAACCAACAAGUCUGAACAAUUUACAACUGAGGGGUACUGUAUGCUGCCUGCGUGCUGGGGAGAAUUACUUCCAGAGACUGAAGUGCAGUCCUUCAGUUUCACCAAGUCUAGACACGGAUUAGGAGCUUGCUUCGCUUCCCUUAAACAGACUCACUUGUUUUGUAAAGUGAGGAACUAUUUUGGAGUUGAGUACUUUAGAGGACUGUUUUUACUUCUUGUUAAGGAUUCUGACAAGAUCUGGCUGACUUUUUCUGACUGUAAAGGGGACAGCUUUCGAUGAUGAAAACAAUGGAGAACGGCCAUCCAAGUGAUAACUGCACAGCAGAGAAUCUGCCACUGUACAAAUUUUACGCCUCUGUGAUGAUCAUGGAAUUCACCCUAGCUCUGCCGCUCAACCUCUCAGUGCUUUAUCUAUUCAUCUUCAAGCUGAAGUUCUGGAAAUCUAAAACCAACAACAUUUUCCUGUUCAAUCUCGUCUUGGCUGACAUUCUUCUGCUUAUAUGUUUGCCAGUAAAGGCAUAUCAUUUUCUUAAUGGGAAUCGGAGGAGUACAGAGGGAGCGACCUGCAAAGCCAUGCUCUUCAUGCUGUUUCUGAACCGAGGUGCCAGUAUCGCCUUCCUGACUGUGAUUUCAGUUGAUCGCUAUUUCAAUGUGGUUCAUCCUGGGAAAAAGAACUUUGCCAAGGCUUUUAAAAGGUCUCCUCAUAUCUCUUUCCUCAUCUGGCUACUGCUGCUCCCCCUGACUAUCCCCACCAUGCUCAAGUCCUUUGAGUGCUGUAAUAGUUAUGGGCGUGAAGAUGACACUCUAGUCGAGGACGUCACUGACACUCUGAGAGAGGUUGUGUUUUUCACCCAGAUUCUCAUCCCUUUCUUUGUGUUGGUCUACUGCACGGCCCGCAUUGUUAACAGACUAAAAAAGAAGACCGUAGGGGAUAGUACCAAGCUGCGUCGAGCAGUGUUUCUGGUCACCUCAGUAAUGCUGGUCUUUUCUUUCUUUUUCUUGCCUUGUACCAUAGCUAGAAUGGUUCUGUUGAUUUUCAGAAUCAAGGAUCUACAGGAUGCUGAGAAUGUAGCUGUUCAGCUCUAUGACGGACUCAUGGUUUUGUCCUACAUGGAUUGUUUAGUGGACCCAAUUGUGUACUGCUUAAGCAGCACUAAGUUCAAAAGCCUCUACCUGACAACGUAUUGCCCCAGUCUACUGAACAAAGAUGCAGAAUCAGCUGAAAGCCCUAACUUGACAGGAAACAACUCAAAUAAAAAAUGCAAUAACAAUGCACUGUACACUGUAAAGGGGUUGCCCUGAAUUUGACAGUAACUUAGAGGAAGCUCAGUGGAAAGUACAAUUCUGUAUUUCAUAAUACAGUUAACCUAAUGCUAUAUAAAUGUGGUAUCAAAGCAAGUACUGUGUUAUGACACACAGUACAAUACCGUAAAAAUGACUGUAUUCUACUGUAAAAAAGUAAAUGCUACCGUAAUCAGAAUUAAUUCAUGAAAUUCAAUGAGGGGAUGGGUUUGUAUUUCACAGGAUUGUACUGUAUUUACAAGGGAUUGGUGCAAGCAGGCUGGCUGCUAGGCAAAAAUUGUUUACACAUUGCAGCAUUUUAAUGAAUAUUUGGUGCUUUAUAUCACUUACACUUAACAAAGGCUUCCAAACUGGCAGUGACUACAGGACAAAACAGACCAAAAAGGACAUGGCAAAAUGCCUGCUGCCACUCCAAUCUGUUUUAAAUGUGAUGGGGCAACAUAACCACAUAGGAGUUAAAUUGAUACAGCGUUCUCACUCACGGGUGCAACAAAUAUAGCCUCUUACAAGGCAGCCUCAAAACAUGUUUUUCUUAAUUAAAUGUUUUUAUUUAACAACAAUACCAUGCACCAACUAGUGGUCAAAAGGUUUUUGGCACUCCAAAGAUAUGGUAUGGUACUGUGUUCUGUGGGGUGUAAUUACAGUACCAUUUGAAAUACAGCAAUUCUUUCCCUGCCCAGAACACUUUCCAACAAUGCACCAUAAUUUACAGUAUGCUGCAGUAAUACCCGGACCCAGUUUUCCUUGCAUGAAAAUUAAGCCGUGAUUAGGACUGCCCCGAGAGACCCCAAAUGAACUAUUUCAAAAAAUAAAUAAAACAAUACAUUUAUAUAAAAAGCAUUAUAAAAUGUGUGGUUUACAUCACUUUUAAUGCCCGAUGUCGCAUAUCACUAGAACAUUUCAAGUUACUAAACUUACGGCCAAAAUGUAUAUUAUUUUUAGAACAUUUACUCAGGCGUUUCUGGACUCCGGGGGGAGCAAACCUUCCGUGUUAACCACUAUUUUCAGCGCCAAUCUCCGAUAGUGUAAUUACAAAGAUCGGCCACCAGACAGAGUCAAAAGGGUUUAUUAGGAAAUCUUCUUGAAGGUAGUGGUUUCAUGUUAUUUAUUGAUUGAGUACUACAGACAGUUACCAAGUGUUUAACACACUGUGACAUAUAUGUUAAAGGGAAAUGUACCGUUUUCUAUGACAGUGUAGCAUAGUAGACUGCUUUUCUCAAAUAGAGGACAUGUUUUAUUACUGCAUUAUGACUAUUUGUUCUCAUGAUGAGACAUUCAUGUUAGUUUGCCAAGCCAGACUGUGAUUCACUACUUGUUUCUGUUAUCAUCAGUCAUCUGGUUUCUUUUACCUGUGAUGUCAUCCUUCAUGUUAAAAAGCUCAUAAUGACUCUGUUGUUACUAAUUGUCUGGGUCAAAUAAAUGUUACUCUUAUGAUCCAUAAAAA